AUGGACAAAGCUCAUGUCAAAUUGCCCGAUGGACACCUUGUGAAUCUCUCACCACGACCUAUAAGCCAAAGUGCCUACAAAGCGUACCGAGUCGAGUACAAGCGCUCGACAGAGCUCUCGGCAACACCUCCCCCUCGAUACCUACAAGAAGCAAGAUCACCAGAAUAUGCCAUUGCAGGAGGCGCAUCGGGGAAUAUCUCUCAACUGCCAAAAGCUACCAAGCUGCCGGUCCCGAGGGCUCUCAGCGAAAGUCGUAACAAUGAUUCGAGUCAAACGCCUAGUCCCACCGCACUUCCUAAACUGAGCCCAGCCAGCCACCCCUCGGGACGGCUCGGUGAGCAGUCUAGAUCAUUGGACAAAGGUCACGAUCAAUACUGGAAGAAAAUCCGGGACAAAUUGGAGGACUCGCCGUUGUUAACAAGACGUGCCAGGAGCAAGGAAAGUGACAAUACCCAAUCUCCUAACUCGCGCAUAUCAUACCACCGCAGCAGGCUUCCCGCCAGCACUAGCCAAGACCAAGCAAGAUUCCGGGCUGAUAAUAAACCAUCCGGCCUUCCGAGUCCAAGCACUCUCAAUAGCAGUCCUGCGCAGGGGUCGAGGAACGAUGCUUCCACCCCCCAUCCUGUGGACAGCCAAAACAAAUGGCGGAAGCAAGACGACCAAUGGGUCAUGGAUGUUACCGAAACCACGCCCCAGAAAUCAGUGAGAACAGACGCGACGACUGAUUCCAGCCCUGGAUCUCAUCCUUCCGUCUCGCCAGUGUCCGCCGAGGACAGUUCGAUCACCGACUGGGAAGACCGAUUCGUUGUGAAUAUGCCAACUGCAAAAGAUCCCAAUCCGCCAACGAUGACGGCUCAACAAAUUGCUGAGUAUCAAAGAAGCAUUGAACGGCUACGCCGGGACGGCGGGCAAAUGGCAGAUCCGGACACAGUGCCUAGUCGUAACGUGUCUCCCGAGAUCAGAUUCAACCCUGGCGAACAACGAAUCCAGAGCCCAAGGGGGGUCAACACAUAUGACGGGGCGUACGACAAACGUCAAGCGCCGAUCUUGUCACAGGAGCAUUUCCCAUCGCCGCAGCCUCAGCAAAAUGCUCAGCCGGAGCAACUUUCACAGCCUCAGCCCCAGCCCACGACUGCGUCGCAACGUCAAGUAGCUAACCACUACUACAGCCCGGAUGAAAUCGGGUAUAAUCGGAUUAGCACAAUUUGGGAGGAAUCGCCCGCAAAACCGAAGGAGAAGCGACACCCUCAAAACGCCGACGGGUCUUUUUUAGGGUGCAGGGAAAUAUCCGGGGAGAAGAAUCCAGACGAAAUUCUCCGGUUCGCUUCCCCAGACGAUGCCAGUCUGCAUCCACUCCCAUUGGCCCUGGGUUCCAAGAACAAACAGAAGGUGCCAAAGGAAAUGAGGAAAGCGACAGACCGACAAACUACCCACAGAGUCGAGGAGACCGUAAUCCUUCAAGAAGAGCGACCACAAACUUCUCAGAAUUCGAGACCUGCCCAAUGCUCGAAGCCGUCAGCCAUGUACCAGGAUCGGAGUUGCUCCCAGAACCCAUCUCCAAUUUCCCGGACGAGGUCCCAGGACUCGAGCAAGGAGAAUUACCAUUUUACCAGCAGUACACCAGAGCGGUCCGGAAGUCUGGAAGAAAAUCGGGGGGACGACGAUCUGUUCAUUAUCACACCCACUAUCACACGCACUAUGAUUCCCACACCCGACAAAAAAGCAUCUUCGCCAAAGCCGCAAGGGUUGCGUCGUCCUGGUGGCACAAAUCACACAGUCACCGCCGAGGCUAUCAAAGCCGUUCGGGCAAAGGCUCAGAUGAUUUCCACGCCAUCGGGAUUGCGGCCCGGGGGACCCAACAUGAAUAUCAAGCCAACAGGGCGUACCUUGACAACUUCCCAAACGUUGCCAACCAACAGCAUCUUUCAAGACGACGAGGGUCGAAACCAAGAUCAUCCGCAAGAUCGCAAUCCAGAACGAGCAGCAGGUACAGCGUCGAGUACUAUCCGUGGCUUCAUCCGUACCUCCGGGCUGGCCAGAUCACCUACAGAUAGCAUUGCUACGAUCCUGCGCAACCGGACCGAGUCCCUCCGUACACGCGCCGAGUCUCUACGGAAUGGUUCGGGGUCACUCCAGCGUGCAAACCAGAAGCAAUCGCCAAGUCCUCAACCAAUUCUUCCGUCCAGGGACAAUUCGGAAUCAUCACGAUCGGAACGGUCAUUUCAGUCUGCCAAAGAAACCCCACCGGUCACGGCAAAUAGGCCUGCUUCGCCGCCAAAAAUCACCACCACGGAAAACAAACCAGAGGAAAACAAGCAACCUUCCUCACGACCACCUACACCAAGCAAACAAAUAACGAAAAGAGUGACCUUAUCAGAGGAAUCUCCUUCGUCAGCAAAACCUGACAAGCCACCUACAUCAACCAAAAAGAUUCCCGCACUAGCAAAGCCGUCCAAGUUGGAUAAAACCAAGUUGGAGAAAUUCUCCAAGCCUACAAAACCAGCCGCGGAAGAGCACAUGAAGCCCCUGCCUCGUCUCCGUACUUCUGGUAAAGUUUUGGAAAUCGCCGAGCUCGAUGGGCUUCAGGUUGCGAGUCCCAAGGAGUCUCUUCAAUCCAACAUCACAGACGUCUCUGCCGAUCUAGGUGACAUGCACUCCGACGACAAGGAUGAUUCCAACGGCCAGGGACUCAACCCCUUGGCCUUUUCACUUCUUUUCAAUAUCCUUGUUGUUGCCGUCACCCAAGUGAAUAAAGCUCUCCGAAUGGGCACCGAGAGCCCUUACGCCAAAUUUAUGGUUAACAACACCCUGACCAUGACUAGUCACUGUUGGCGUGUCUCCAAAUGCAUCUAUGCCGCGGUGUCUCGCUACCAGGCCACAGGCGCCUGGCCCAAGCCUCGCAGUGAUCAGGCUAUCAGCCAGUUUAUGGUGGAGCUUUUCCAAGCUAUUGUGUAUUUCUUGAUUCUUGGGUUUGCAGCCAUGCUGAUAUCCCGUACUGUUGGCUACGUUGUUCUCGUGAGCAGCUGGGUUGCAUGGUUUGCUAGGCCAUUUGCGUGGGUCUUCCAAUGUGUUGGCCGUGCCCUGAUAAAUUAA